GUCAGUUUGUGAUCGACGCGCGUCCGUGCGGUUGUGUCUUGUGUAGUGGAGGUAAAUAGGUGUAGUAUUUGCAUCAAUUUUUCCACCGCUAUACUGAAUCGUUUGCAGACUUGGAGUACCUCAGUUGACGUGCUUCGAAGGUUGUGUUUGUGAUUCGGUAUGGCAAUAUCAUCGUGCAGUUGACAGACCGAAAUUUACCGUCGUAGUGUGCCGAGAACACAACAGGUUCCUGUAGCAUCGUGGUUUCUGCAAAGUGGUUUUCAAAUGGUGUUGUGCCUAUGGAUGGAUUUUUAGAGCAAACAAUCCCGUAAUCAGGAUUGUGUGGAAUACGGUUCUGGCCUCCGGAUGAUUGGGAUGCUUUGCUAAUCUUCUGAGGACCCGACGGAGGUGUGUGAUUACCCAUAAUGCACCGCAUCGUCGUUUGUGGACUACUACUGCUCGGGAUCCUGACGAGACCGUGUCAGUCCCGGAGAGGAGCAGAUCCACCCCGGUACAGGACUGCGUACGCGUGCGAGGGUGGCCAACUUCACAUUGCCUGUGACGAGGGCCACCUGGUGCAGCUGAUUCGUGCCAAUUACGGCCGCUUCAGCAUCAGCAUCUGCAACGAGCAUGGAAACCUGGACUGGAGUGUUGACUGCAUGUCUCACAGGUCCUUUCGCGUUAUGCAACAGAGCUGUGACCUCAAGAAAGGAUGCACGUUGCCUGCGUCGACGGCUGUCUUUGGGGAUCCAUGCCCCGGAACGUUGAAGUACCUUGAAGCCCAUUAUCAGUGCAUUCCUGCUGAAUCAACUACCACGAGCAGCCCGAAGCCUCCACCGCCUCUACCCUUCCCGCCCCUCGUAGCCCAGGACCCAGCCCACCAGCAUGGGGCACCAGCACGAGGAAACGACAUGGUUCCUGGAAUCAUCAAGCCCCCAACAUCUGAGGAAGAGAAAGACGAUGUUGAAGACGAUGAUAAAGAAGGAGACGAUGAGGCUGAGGUGGUGCAGAAACCUCAGCCUCCACCAAUUCACCGACCACCUUACCCCGAACACGUGCUCGACGAUGGGUUUCCGUUCCAUACGUCGUCUCCAGCUACCGCCUCACCGACCGAUCCACCAGUGACAGAGCCGCCAAACCCCGAAACCACUCCGCUGGACCUGCUGACGGGCUAUUGCCAGCCAGUUCUCAAAAGAGACAUCCUCUGGAAUUGGACUCGUGCUGGUGACGUUGCAGUGUACCCAUGCCCUGGAGGAGCGAGAGGUGACGCACGAUGGCAGUGUGGCGUUAACCCCGUAAAAUGGCUGUCCGAAAAUCCAGACCUCAGCGGGUGCAAUCAGUUCUGGAUCGGUGACUUGGAGCGAAGGAUACAAGAUGGCGCCUCGGUAGUAAACCUGGCCAGCGAAUUAGCGGAGAAGUCGCGCGUGCGGGCUCAUUACGGCGGAGACUUGCUGCAUGCUACUAGCAUAGUGCAGCAGUUGAUCUCUCGUAUGGAAGAUAAGCUGGAUGAGGAUUCUUCGAGUUACCAACGCCAUGAAGUUGUGCAGGAGCUCAUGAACUCUGUAGUGGACUUCAGCAGCAACUUGUUAGAAGACCACCAGCGGAAUGCCUGGGGUGACUUGCCAGCCAUGGAACAGCGCGCUGCAGCGUCGUCACUGUUGGAGGGCCUUGAACGCAACGCGAUGUUGCUCGUCAAAAACCAGCACACCAACAUGAAUUACAGUCGGAUACAGAAUAAUAUCAUGGUUUCUGUACGUGUUAUGAACCUACAAAGUACGCGGGACUUGCAUUUUCCGGAACCAUCCGUGAUCCGAGGAACUUCCUGGGCGCAGUACGACGAUUCUAUCUAUCUGCCUUACCAAACCCUGCAGGAAAGCUCUCGUAAUGGGCUCGUUAAAGUUGCCUUCUUCUCCUACAAGAAAAUGGAAACAAUUCUCGACAUGCAAUUUCAACAGCAGCCUGGCCUCUACGGCGAGCCAGAUUCAUCCAAUAUAACUCGCAUCAUCAAUUCGCGUGUCCUUGCAGCGGCACUAGGGAGGAGGAGGGUUCUCGGAUUGCCCCAACCUGUACUCAUCACUUUAAAACACAACCAGGAAGAAAACAUGAGCGCACCACAGUGUGUGUUUUGGGAUUUCAGCAAAAGGGAUUGGUCAUCACAGGGUUGCUGGGUGGAAGACUCAAACGAAACACACACAACAUGCGGUUGCGAUCACUUGACAAACUUUGCGGUUCUCAUGGAUGUCCGUGCCGUAAAAAUUUCAUACUCCAACGAGCUUGCCCUACAAGUGAUCACCUACGUCGGCUGCUUCGUAUCCAUCGUCUGCAUGCUGUUAACGAUUGUUACUUUCCAUUUCCUGAGGAGCAUCGAAAGCGACCGCACGGUAAUCCACAAAAACCUCUGCAUCUGUCUCCUCAUCGCGGAAGUUGUCUUCGUCGCUGGCAUCUCUCAGACCGCGCAGCGCGUCGUGUGUGGACUGGUGGCCGGUCUUCUGCACUACUUCUUCCUGGCAGCCUUCAUGUGGAUGUUCGUCGAGGGAUUCCAGCUGUACGUCAUGCUCAUCGAGGUGUUUGACUCCGAAAAGUCCCGCCUCGGAUGGUACUACGCGGCGUCCUACGGAAUUCCCGCGCUCAUUGUAGCCGUGGCGGCAGCCAUCGAUCCGUACAGCUACGGGACCCAGAAGUACUGCUGGCUUCGUGCGGACAACUACUUUAUUUUCAGCUUUGUCGGCCCCGUGGUUGCCAUUCUGCUGGCCAACCUUGUGUUCCUUAGCAUUGCUAUCUACAUGAUGUGCAGGCACGCAAGCCUGGCAAGCUCUGUUAAGAAUAAGGAACAGUCAAAGCUGGCCAACUUGAAGAUAUGGAUUCGCAGUGCUACCGUGCUUGUCUUCCUGCUCGGCCUAACGUGGGCAUUCGGGCUGCUGUACUUGAAUGAAGAGUCCAUCGUGAUGGCCUACUUGUUUACCUUCUUGAACAGCCUGCAGGGGCUGUUCAUCUUCGUAUUCCACUGCUUGCGAAAUGAAAAGGUACGCAAGGAGUACAAAAAGUUUGUGCGUCAGUCGUCCUGGUUGCCCACGUGUCUGCGGAACGAGAAGUGUGCGACAGAACGCACGUCUUACGCUCACUCCAACGGCACUGCUGCAUCGGCUCCGUCGGCAGGCCAGCACAGUAUUACCAAUCAGUUCUGGGACCUACCCAAGAGCCAGGAUUCCACUGCCACACAAUCUACCUUCAUGAAGUCUGCUACACUAGAUCGCCCAUCUACAAGAGUAAUUACCCAAUUACAUAGCACUCGAACAACUCCACGAAGUGCCACUGUUGUGCCACGACACAAGCUACGGGGAUACGACCCCGACGGAAUCGACGCCGACCUCUCUCUAGCGGAUUGUUCCAUCGUUGAUUCCGAAUUCGUGUCGGAUUUCGGCGAGGGCCCGCAGCAGCCUCCGCCAUACGGCCACUUCGGCAACGGCGGCAUUUUCCUCGACCACAUCUACGAAACGAUCGACGAAGAUGAAUGCCACGCGCCCAGGCAGUGUUCCGCGGCCCAGCAGGACCUCUUGGAGUGCCACGCUCGAAGCAGGUCCGACGCCAGCCACCAGUCCGGCUCCAGCUUCGGCGGAGAUCGCCGUCCGCUCAUCCAGCACUCCAUACCGCGGACCCUGCACUUGCUCCGGGACAUCGAGAUGGGCGGGGACGAGCUCGCAUCCGAAGACGUCUGCGCUCUACGCAACGAGGUGAUUGCGCUGCGGAACGAACUGUCCGCCCGUCGGGACGAAUUGGUGUCCCCUCAAAGUGGUGAAGUGCCGUUACACUGCGACGAACUGUCGCGGUACCCUCCGGAUACACCCGAAUACGGUGAAGACCCAGCCGUCGUCAUGGCAGUGUUCGACGGCGACAGGGUGCAGUGUCGACUGCAAGGAAGCAAUAAGCCGGUGGUGAAGACGGCAGCGAAACAUCCGUGUCAGCCCUCGGCACACCUGAGCACGGACUGCUGACAACUGGCGUAUGGCACGCCGAGGUGGCCAAAAUGGAUCUAGUGAUAAAUGGACCUCAAGACAGUUUAUAAGCAAUGACGUGUACAUACUAGUAACGUUUCCGUGUGAUGGGGAAUGAGACUGAGUCGUUGUAUCAUAUAGUCUGCUGGUGAAGACUUUUGUAGGGGCAUUGAAUGCUUCGAAACCUCUGGCAGUGUCUGUUAACACUAUGUGUGCUCAAUGUCGCCGGACUUCAACAAAAUUUCGUUUUCCUGCAAACAAGAUGUGAUUAACGUUGCCAUUUGGUGUCUUCUGCGUGCUUGUUUCCUCAUGGCCUACCCUCUUGUGAGUUCCUAAGAAGCCUUUGUGAAGAUGGAAGUUGCUUGUGGCUUUAACUUGUCCUGUGCUCAAGAUGCUACAGUACUUUUCCCUUUCCUGUCCUCGGCAAAAAAACAAAAAACAAAAGAAGAAACGUACCGCAAACAACAAUUUAGUCAUUUUUAAAUCAGUUAUACGUAUACUGAUGCAUGGAAGGCUCCAUCCUAACAAAAAAAAAGCUUAUGAACGUGCAUUUGGAAAUUUCUGUCUUGCAGCAUAGUCGAUGGUGUGACGCACAUUUCUUUUAAUUCUUCCGCAACGCGUAAUCCGGAGGAAACGUGCAGCUAAGUGGAAGGUGUUUCGUCCUGUGAAUUUUCCCAAUCAAACAAUGUCCACACACACACGAGACUUCUCAGAAAAACUGAGACCCACUCCUGUUCAGAUUGAACUCGAUAUUUAUGUUUCUAAAUUAAGAGAGAUUCUUGUGCCUCACUGAUGCUGCUCAGGCACAUAGAGUAGUGCUUGUGCCGACUUACGCCACAUGGCACAACCAAAGAAAAUUGAAACUCCACUCGAUACGAUACUCCUCGUACAGUAAAUGCCAUAAGCGAGUGCUUCUUCACCCUUUCCUGUCUUCCUCAAGUACUUAUUUUCCCAAACCUGCAUGACAGCAGCUCAGAUUGAUGUUGAGUGACUGGUUUGUGAGCAGCAAUAAAUCAAUUAUAUAUAUAUAAAUUUUUAAAAAUCUGAGUUUUUUUUUCUCAAAGCAUUUUUAUCAUGCUGCGUCACGAUCCCUGCUUAUAAAGGAAGUUUUUUUGUAUUUUGUUUUAUUAGGAAUACUGCUUCAGCAUAUUGCUGUUAGCUGCACGUUUCCAGGAUGUGUUGGGACUCUGCAAGGAGCCAAAACGAGUGCCUUGUUAGAUAGCACGUGCUGUGCACAGAAUUCUUUCGGAAAUUUCCUCGGCCCUUCUACGAUGCUCUAGUGUGUUGGCACGUGAAAAACAGCCCUUCGAUGUCAAAGGUUCAGUCACGUGAAACAACGCAAUGUGAACCCUUCUCUACAUCAUGCAGUACUUAAGAUGCAGUACUUGAAUGUGUGUGUGUGCAUGUGAAUUUGUGAAUGAAAAUGUUAAUAUAACUACAGUUCUUUUCUACAAACCCACAGCAUGAUAGGCAAUAUGUGCAGGCUGCUUUGCAUAAUUUAUUAUGUUACCAGACGUACAGGCACCGUCGAGUCUUCGCCAUGUUAAUGUUUACAGGUUUUGGUACGGUCUGCCUGUCGCACAUGUUAAAACAAACUGAAACUGCAUGUGUCUUGUUGUUGAUGUGGUGCUGUAAGCAUGUUAUUGUAAGGCAGCUGUUCGCAGGUACAGUCAAAUUUCACCGCGAACAAUGUUUACGAUAUCGCAGCAUUCUUUCUCAGUGAACUGCGUGGGUCCCAGUGACCCCUCCCCCUUCACGAGGACCCGUUCUUCUCCAGACUACUUCAACCUCGCUGAUGCCGCUUUAUUUCGAAUCAAUCCGCAAUUUAGAUUGGUACGAUUAUUUCUCGUUUGUAUUUUAUGCUGAAGCAUCCCAAGGACCUUCUAUGUGUUACAUUUUUGUUUCUCGUACAUGUGGUAUCUAGUGCACUGCUUGAGGACCACCGUAUUUGGGGAAAAAGACCAUACAUACAUAGGUGUAUAUAUAUGUGACAGACUUGCCUGCACAAAUAAUUUUGUACAGAAGUGAAUAUUGAAACAAAACAAAUAAAAAAAAUUAAGAUGUCCA